AUGGUCGACGAACAUCUCGCAACACUGCCACGGCUCACUACUCAACCUCCGUCUCCCAGUCCCUACAGACAGACUCACGACGAGAGAUCGAACCCGACAGGACUUCGCACUGGAGAGCCAGUCUCAGCUGCGCCUUCAUCCGUAGGAGGAGACACACUUCACGACCAUACCGGACAGGGUCACUCACGCGACAACUCCUUCCACUUCAACGCGCGAAGCCGCACCAACACAGUCGACACUCAGUCCACCGCCGUUGGCACGGAGCCUGUAAUCAUGGAGAAGGACAAGGCCAAUGCGAUCACUCAGAUCCGGGAAACUGGCUCAAGUGAAUCUGUCUCCACCGAAGGCGCCCUGCAACCCGACAAGGGUACAGAGAAAGACUUUGUGGUUGAUGGCACCAACCCGUUCGGCGUCUCGCCUGGUGAGCUCAACAAGAUGCAGAACCCGAAGUCACUUGCUGCUUUCAAGGCUCUGGGCGGUCUUCCUGGCAUUGAACGUGCUUUACGCACUGGCGUCAAUGCUGGGCUGAGUCUUGACGAAACUCAUCUGCAAGGCACGGUCCCGCGAGCUGCCGAGGAGGCUAUGAACGAGAAAGCCGCUUCAGCACUUCGGUCCAACCCCGCCACGACAGCUAUCGGAACUUCUGAUGAUUCUGUGGCGACCAGCGGUGCAGUCAAGGAUCAGUAUGCGGAUCGCAAGCGGGUGUUCAAGGACAAUCGUCUACCAGCCCGUAAGACCUACACUUUGGGCUCCUUAUUGUGGAACGCAUAUAACGACAAGCUACUAUGGCUGCUCACAAUUGCGGCUGUUGUGUCUCUCGCUCUCGGUCUGUAUGAGACCUUCGACUCUGGCUCCGAGGUCGACUGGGUUGAGGGUCUCGCCAUCUGCAUUGCUAUCAUCAUCAUUGUGCUUGUCACUGCUCUCAACGAUUGGCAGAAGGAGAAGCAGUUCACCAAGCUCAAUCAGAAGAAGGAAGACCGCGAAGUUAAGUGUCUUCGUUCCGGCAAGGCGAUCAUGAUUUCCGUCUACGAUGUUAUGGUUGGCGACGUUCUCCAUCUAGAACCAGGAGAUAGUAUCCCUGCUGACGGCAUCUUUAUCAGCGGGCACGGCGUGAAGGUUGACGAGUCUUCCGCGACUGGUGAAUCCGACGCGAUGAAGAAGACCGGUGGCUUGGAGGUUUGGCAUCAGCUCUCCGCUGGCGGUCACAAUCUACACAAGCUCGAUCCAUUCAUCAUCUCUGGCUCGAAGGUCUUGGAGGGUGUCGGAACCUUCCUCGUCACAUCUGUCGGUGUCAAUUCAAGCUUCGGCAAGAUCAUGAUGAGCUUGCGCGUCAAAUCCGAGCCUACGCCCUUGCAAGUCAAGUUGGGUGUUAUGGCGAAUUGGAUCGGUGGUCUGGGCUCUCUGGCAGCAGGUAUCUUGUUCCUCAUCCAGCUGUUUCGUUUCGUUGCCCGCCUGGGCUCAAACCCUCACACACCCUCGGAGAAGGCGGGCGAGUUCCUCGACAUCUUGAUUACGGCUAUCACUAUCAUCGUCAUGGCUGUGCCGGAAGGUCUACCACUUGCGGUCACUCUCGCCCUAGCUUUCGCGACCACGCAUAUGAUGAAGGAGAACAACCUGGUGCGCGUACUACGUGCUUGUGAGACCAUGGGCAACGCGACCACAAUAUGCUCGGACAAGACAGGCACGUUGACACAAAAUAAGAUGACAGUCGUUGCCGGCUCCUGGUCACUAGGGCAAAAGUUCGCACAAUCCGAGGAAGAUGGCGCAUCGACGUUCACGGCUCUUUUCUCGCGCAUCAGCGCCCCAUUCAGGGCCCUCCUUACUCAAUCGAUUGUCAUCAACUCGACCGCUUUUGAAGGCCUCGAAGAUGGCCAAAAGGCGUUUGUUGGCAGCAAGACAGAAGUCGCCAUGUUGAACCUCGCGACAUCGUACCUGGGUCUGACAUCUACAGCUGAAGAGCGUGCGAACCAUGCUGUCGUCCAGCUCUACCCCUUCGACUCAGCGCGGAAGUGUAUGGGCACAGUCAUGCGCCUUCCCAGCGGCAGCUACCGCCUCGUGGUCAAGGGUGCAUCCGAGAUCAUGGUCAGCAAAGCCGACUACGUCGUCUCCGAUAUGGCAUCCAACUCGCCUAACAUCGAUGACAGUCCUCUAGAUCGCUCGACUCGCGAUGCUAUCGAAGCCCAGAUCCAGACUUACGCCUCUCGGUCGCUGCGUACUAUCGGCUUCCUGUAUCGCGACUUCCCGUCGUGGCCUCCCAGCGGCGCGCGCACCAUUGAGGGCGACAAGACUAUGGCUGAAUUCGGCGAUGUCUUCUCCGACAUGACAUGGAUCGGUCUAGUGGGCAUCCAGGAUCCUCUACGACCUCAGGUCACCAACGCUGUUGCACGCUGCCAAGCCGCCGGUAUCAAAGUCCGUAUGGUCACUGGCGACAACAUCACCACAGCCACGGCCAUUGCUACCGAGUGCGGCAUCAAGACCGCUGACGGCUUGUGUCUCGAAGGACCACACUUCCGUCAGAUGUCCGACUCGGAGCUCUCUGCUGUCGUGCCCAAACUCGAUGUGCUCGCCCGCUCAUCUCCUGAAGACAAGCGCAUUCUCGUCGCCUACUUGAAGAAGCAAGGCGAGACGGUCGCUGUCACUGGCGACGGAACUAAUGACGGUCCUGCCCUCAAGCUUGCAGAUGUCGGCUUCAGCAUGGGUAUCGCUGGUACAGAAGUCGCCAAGGAGGCCAGCGAAAUCAUCUUGAUGGACGACAACUUCGCCAGCAUUGUCAAAGCUGUCAUGUGGGGUCGCAGCGUGAACGAUGCGGUGGCCAAGUUCCUGCAGUUUCAAAUCACUGUCAACAUCGCCGCCGUGACGCUUGCUUUCAUCUCGGCAGUAUCGUCGUCCGAGAACCGAUCUGUGUUGUCAGCUGUCCAACUCCUUUGGAUCAACUUGAUCAUGGACACCCUUGCGGCUUUGGCGCUCGCGACAGACGCGCCAACAGAAAAGAUCCUGGAUCGGCCGCCUGCUGGCAAGAAGACACCGUUGAUCACAAUGCACAUGUGGAAGAUGAUUAUGGGACAAGCCCUGUACCAGAUCGUCGUCAGUCUCGUGCUCUACUUCGCCGGCGCCAAAAUCCUGAACUACCGCGACAUCAACAAGCCAGGCAACGAACACCGACAGGAGGAGCUCAACACGAUUGUCUUCAAUGCGUUUACCUGGAUGCAGUUCUUCAACAUGUUCAAUUGUCGACGUCUGGACAACUUCUUCAACAUCUUUGAGGGAGCGCUCCGGAACUAUUGGUUCUUGGCUAUGGCGGCGAUCAUGCUUGGUGGGCAGGUCAUGAUCAUCUUUGUUGGAGGUCAGGCGUUUGAGGUCACCAGGAUUGACGGAGAGCAGUGGGCCGUUUGCGUGCUGACGGCUCUACCGUGCCUCGGCUGGGGCGUCUUGUUGAGGUGCGUCCCAGAUCGGUAUGCGGAAGCAUUCUUCGUGGCUAUCGUGCGAAUGAUUAAGGUCAUUUUCAGCCCGCUGGUCAGGUGUCUUGGGGCGAUCUUCUCGCCGAUCGGGAGGGCAUGGCGGAGGAUGAGGGGGAAGAAGCUGGAGCGAAGAAUGAGUGCUCAAGGGGAGGAGAGUGCCUGA